AUGGCAUCGACACCAACCAUCCUCAAAAGCCAAUCGCAAUUCGGCCGGAACACAUUGCGUCGUGCCCCCAUCAGGCUCAAGCAACACAGUAAGAGCUGGUCCGGAGGCGACUUCACCAUCUUAACUUGCCCAAGUGAAGGAGGCUCCGUUACCAAAUUAUUCUCCGUCGACGGUGAUUUCGGAUCAUUGAGUCAGCGACGGCACUUUCGAGAUGCCUCAGGUCUGCCGCGUUUUGAACUCCAUCGUAAAAAGUCCGGUGUGACGUGGUUUGUUCACCUGCCUGGUGUAAAAAGCGAUGCCGAGCCCAUUGCCGCGAUCGCGACGAAAUGGAGUGCUUUCAAAGACAAGUUUGACGUCCACAUCAAGAAUGCCGCCGCAAGCGGCGAGGACACGACACUAGAAGUCCGCGGACAGGAUAUAUGGAAAGUGGAGACGCAUGCCUAUCACAACGGUGCGCUGGCUAUGAGAGCAAAGCUUACGGAUGUACUCUCGGUAUAUGUGCCGGGUAAACGCCCUGAAUGGGAGUUGACGGUUGCAGAAGGCAUGGACCUCCCGUUGGUAGGGCCCCUACUACGAGAUAUCCCAUACGAUGAGUCUAACAGUGCGUUUGUAGGCGUCUAUUAUCGGUGUGCUCCUGGCCACCUUGCUUAA